GCCGUGUAGCAGCAGUUUAAAGGUCUGUGCGGCUCUUUCUGGGAACCACAAACCUUCACCAGAGGACCAGAAAUAAUACAACAAAAACUCCACUUGUCACUUGGAAACAUGGCUGAGAAUGUCGAGCGUCUGAACAAGUUCAAGAACAAAGGAAAAAAUGAUGCCAAUGAGCUUCGUCGCAGGAGGGUGGAGGUGAACGUGGAGCUCCGCAAGGCCAAGAAAGAUGACCAGAUGUUCAAGAGGAGAAAUGUGGGUGCGUUUCCUGACGAGGCCACUUCUCCUCUGCAGGAGAGGACCCAGAACGGCCAGGCUGCCAGACAGUGGACCGUUGAAGAGAUUCUCACCGGAGUGAACAGCGGUCAUGCUGAGUCCCAGCUCCAGGCUACGCAGGCUGCACGGAAGCUCCUGUCUCGUGACAAGAACCCUCCCAUUAACCAGAUGAUCAGCGCCGGCCUCAUCCCAAAGUUUGUCGCCUUCCUGGGACUGGUGGACUGUCCUCAGAUCCAGUUCGAGGCGUCGUGGGCUCUGACCAACAUCGCCUCUGGGACGUGCGAUCAGACCGCUGCGGUUGUCGAUGGCGGGGCCAUUCCCGCCUUCAUCGGCCUUAUCACGUCCCCCCACCAGCACAUCAGCGAGCAAGCGGUCUGGGCUCUCGGAAACAUUGCUGGUGAUGGAUCAGCUCUGAGAGACAGGGUCAUCAAGCAUGGAGUUGUGGCCCCUCUGCUCAGUCUGCUGGAAGUCUCUGACCUGUCUGUACAUAAUGCCGGCUACCUGAGGAAUGUCACAUGGACAGUGUCUAACCUCUGCCGCAACAAGAACCCCUCCCCCCCUCUGAACGCCAUCCAACAGAUCUUACCCGCUCUAAUUCGUCUGCUACACCACGAUGACUCGGAGGUGUUGGCCGAUGCGUGUUGGGCUGUUUCCUACCUGACAGACGGCUCUAAUGACCGCAUCGAGGUGAUGGUCCAGACCGGUUUGAUCACUCGCCUGGUGAACCUGCUCGGCUUUCAAGAGCUGUCUAUCAUCACCCCAGCGCUGCGUGCCAUCGGCAACAUCGUGACCGGUACAGAUGAGCAGACUCAGGCGGUGCUGGAUGCCGGCGCCCUGGCCAUGUUCCCCCACCUGCUGCGCCACAAAAAGGGCAACAUCCAGAAGGAGGCGGCCUGGACUCUGUCCAACAUCACAGCAGGGAAGGACAACCAAAUCCAGGAGGUUAUCAACGCAGGCCUCGUUCCAUUACUGGUUGACGCCCUAGUGCGGGGUGACUACAAGACCCAGAAGGAGGCUGUGUGGGCUAUUACAAACUUCACCAGCGGGGGCAACAUUCAGCAGGUGGUUUACCUCGUCCAAGCCAACGUGCUUGAGCCUCUCCUAAAUCUCCUCUCCUCCAAGGACAGCAAAAUUGUCCUUGUCAUCUUGGAUGCCAUCACCAAUAUCUUCAUGGCCGGGGAUAAAAUCGGGGAGGCAGACAAGCUGAGUCUGAUGGUGGAAGAAUGCGGCGGACUGGACAAGAUCGAGAAUCUGCAGUCUCACGAGAACGAGAUGAUCUACAAAGCAUCCCUCAAUCUGAUCGAGAAAUACUUCUCUGACGAGGAUGAGGUGGUGCAGUGUGUGGCCCCAGAAGCAACCAAUGACGGUUAUGCAUUUCAAAUCACUGAAAACCAGAGCAAUUUCGAUUUCUAGAUGACUUUCUAAUGCCUCUUCUCUCUAUACUCUAUACUGUUAUUACUGUACCCUCACUGCUACUGUUUGUCCUUUCUUUCCUUCUAAUUGUGGAGUUUUGUAUGUGUUGUACAUACUGUUUUAAUAUGAAAAAAACAUGAUUGUAAAUAAAGUUGUCGGAUCAUGUGUGGGGUUGAUUCAC